AUGGCUGGAUCCCGCCAUGAUCCCGUCGAAUUGGGGAGUGACAUGGACGAGGAUGAGGCGUUAAGCUAUGCUAUUGCCCUCUCUCUUCAGGAACAAGAGGUCCAGGACGAGCAAAGUUCGCAGAUCCCGAGCGCCCCAAUCUUGAAUUCGCGCCGGAAUGGGACUGGUUCGAGCGGGGCAGGCCUCAGUUUGCUCUCGUUUGAUCGCAAGAAAAUGGAAGAGGAAAGGCUACAGAGGUUAGCCAAGCGGCGCCGCUCGCCUACAGACGACGAAGAUAUGGCCCAAGUCCCGCCUGCAAAGAGGAUGACACCCUCCGAGCCGUCAAGAACUGUAGCAGGAUUCUCGCCUCCCAGUUUACUGCCUUACCCUAACGGUGCUAUCAAACGAACAUGGGCAAAAGGUUAUCCGCGGACUUCAGAGGAUAUCAAAAUCGAAGAGGUACUUCAGAAGGAUAAGCUAGAGCUUGCUCUUCUCAGCUCGUAUCAAUGGGACGAUGAAUGGCUCAUGUCAAAACUCGACUUGAGAAAGACCAAGCUGCUGCUCCUGGCAUUCGCCGACAACGAAGCCCAGAAAUCCGAGAUGCGAUCCAACGCGCCACCGGGCAUCAAGUUCGUCUUUCCGGCGAUGAAUGGGCCUGGGGCGAUGCAUUCCAAGCUCCAAUUGCUAAAGUACCCCGACUAUCUUCGAGUUGUGGUCCCAACAGCCAAUCUUGUCCCUUAUGACUGGGGCGAAACUGGCGUCAUGGAGAAUAUGGUCUUCCUCAUCGACCUCCCUCGAUUAAAGGACUCCGCGCUUUAUCGGCCAACCACAUUCAGCACCGAGCUCGGCCGAUUUCUGUCAGCAACUGGCGUUGGUGAGAGCAUGAUAAACAGCCUUGGUAAUUACGAUUUCUCGCGAACUAAGCACCUUCGGUUUGUGUACACCAUCCCUGGAGGACAUCAAGGAGAUUCCUUGAAGCGAAUAGGAUACAGCGGGCUGGGUACCAGCGUGGCUUCUCUCGGACUAGCCACCGACGACCUAAUCGAUGUAGAUUUUGUUGUGGGUGCCCUUAAAGUCCCAUACCAGCCUAUGGAGCAUUGA